UAUAAAAGGGUAGUCGGCAUUUGGACACUGUCAUUUGUACUGAAACCACGUAUCGCGGGACACGCCGUCGACACCACACGUUUUUACCACCAUGAACCAUCUGUUGCUGAUUGUCGCCGUCCCAGUACUUGCCACCGCAUUCGCCGCUCACGUUCAAUAUCCUCGACAGACUUCGUCAUUUCUGUAUCCAGCACAAAGCAAACGGAUCCGAACACAAGAGAAAAUCAUUACAGAUUGUAUGACCGUAUGGUCCGAAGAGGGCCACCUAUACUACAAAUCGUCGACCAACGAUCCGACUGUGUGCGGCAUUUACAUAAUAGCAAAACCUGAGCAAACGGUCCACGUUUACUUCGAUUACGUAGACGUACCUUGUAAUACCGGAGGUUUAAUAGCGUUUGUUGACGGAUGGGAACUCAACGGACAGUUGUUUCCCAAUGAACAAGAUCAUCCGAAAUCGAUAAACGAGCGUUUCUUCGAGAUGUGUGGUACAAAAAAACACAAACAAAUAUUGAAAUCGUCGCAGAAUGCUGCUUUGAUACAAUAUAGAGUUCCACGUAGAGGCAAUGGAUUCAGCUUUUACGUAUCAUUCAUCGACAACCCUACCCCUUGCAACAUACUCAUGGCUGACAUUAGUGACGUGCACACGCUAAGGAAUUACGGAAAACCAGUAAACUGUAGUCUGACGAUGUUGUAUCCGGCGCAGGUGAAAAUCUUGGCGUUGGGUGUUGGUCUCGGACACGAACAAAAAAGGACACUUACGGAACGCGAAACUGGCACGAUUCACAAGUGUGACAAACGAGGACUACCAGAUUUCGUUCAAGUCGGCGGCGGAGAUGGUUUAGCACAGUUGUCUAUGAUUGAUUCAAUUUGUGGUACAAACUCGGAACCAGAAAACGCUGUGGAGACGAUUAUGUGUGGAGUGACUACGGUGAGACUUGUUUCAAGUGGGCAAUUUCACAACGCCGUUACAGUGGCUGUGACACCACCCGACGUCGAAGCUACGCCAUCAUUAGUGUGCGAGCAGUAGAAGCAGUCGUGUUACAAGCAAACAAAUAAAAAAAAAAUACUCAGAAAUCCCUCAUCUCCGAUAAAUAUAUAUUAAAAUGAUUAAUUAUUUGUUUUAACCUUUAUAUCGUAUCUCCAAUAUCAGAUAGAAAAUAUUAUGAAACGCAUAAUAUAAUUAGCGUUCAAUUUUUUUUC